GGCAAACGUCUUGUCACUGCUGGCCAAAAAGGCAAAGACCCCCACCAUGGGAGUCUUUCUCAUUACGCUCAUAUACGCACUCUACAAGGCAAAAAAUCGCUUUCUCUUAACAACCCAGACUGCGCAGAAAGAUACUCGCACAAAACGCAAGCAGAAACACAAAGUGGGUGUGAAUUCCCAAUUCUUUGAGCAAAUGCGCAAACUUUUGCCUAUUUGUGUUCCAGGCCUUUUUACAAAAGAAGCUGGGUUACUUGGAAUUCUUGCAACUGUACUUAUUGCCCGUACAUGGCUUGAUAUUUGGUUCUCGGCAUUCAAUGGUUCUGUAGUAAAAGCUAUUGUAUCCCGCAACAGAAAGGAAUUUGUUGCAAAGGCUAUUGUAGAAUUUGGCUUAAUGAUGUGGCCAAUGAGUAUCGUCAACAACUCCCUUAAACUGUCUAUUAGCGCACUUGCCCUGUGUUUCCGCGAACGUCUGACUAUGCAUGCCCACAACCAGUACCUGGAUGGCAUCACUUUCUAUAAGAUAUCAAAUCUCGAUAAUCGUCUUCAGAACGCCGACCAGUUGUUGACCCAGGAUAUCGACAAAUUCUCAGAAAAUCUAUCUCAUUUAUACUCUGAUAUUGCCAAACCAGUAGUUGAUAUUUUUUUGUUUGCCUAUAAACUAGGUGAAGCUAUUGGUAACGAAGCACCAUUUUUCAUGAUCUCUUACUUUAUCAUGUCUGGUGUCAUUCUUCGGGCAUUCUCUCCUCCCUUUGGACGAUAUACUGCCAUCGAACAAAAACUUGAGGGUGACUUCCGCUUUGCCCAUUCCCGUAUUAUUACUCAUUCUGAGGAAAUUGCUUUCUAUGGUGGCGGUGAACGUGAGAAAGAAGUAGUAAAUGGCACAUUCCAAAAGAUUGUAAACCAUGUUCGUAAAGUGUACACACUCCGCUUUUUGAACGGUAUCUUUGAUUCCGUUCUUGUCAAAUACUGCGCUACAAUGACAGCCUAUUAUCUACUCGCUCGUCCGGUGUUUAAUCCUAAAUACGGUAAGUUAUAUCACUUUUUAAAAAAAAACAUAUAUCAAAUAUUUAUCUACCUGAUCAACCUUUCUCAGGCAGUCGGUCGUUUGAUUUUGACUGGCCGUGACCUGACUCGCUUUGCAGGAUAUACUUCUCGAGUUGCCGAUUUGUUUGAUGUUUUGAAUGAUGUCCGCGAAGGAAAGUACAAACGUACUAUGGUAUCUGACUCUGAGAGUGGAAUCAACCAAAACACAGUUGUAAAUGCCAAGGAUAUGAAGGGCAAGGUUAUUGUAAAGGAUGGCAUUAUCCUAUUUGACAAGGUCCCAAUUGUUACACCUAAUAACGAUAUUCUUCUCAAGGAUCUUUCAUUCAAGGUUACAACCGGAAUGAACUGCUUGAUCUCUGGUCCAAACGGGUGCGGUAAGAGCUCACUCUUCCGUAUUCUUGGUGAUUUGUGGCCUUUGUUUGGUGGAACUGUUACAAAGCCUGCACCAAACAAACUCUUUUAUGUCCCGCAGAAGCCUUACCUUCCCUUGGGUACCUUCCGUGAUCAAGUUAUCUAUCCUGAUACUGUCGCUGAAGCACAUUCCCGUGGCUUCAAUGAUGAUGAUUUGAUGGCAUUGUUGGAAAAUGUUCACCUUGGUUAUAUAGUCGAGCGUGAGGGCGGCUGGGACACUGUUCAAGACUGGGCGGAUGUCCUUUCUGGCGGUGAGAAGCAACGCGUAGCUAUGGCACGCCUCUUUUACCAUAAACCGCAGUUUGCUAUUCUUGAUGAAUGUACAAGUGCCGUGAGUGUAGACAUCGAGGGUAUUAUGUAUGAACAUGCUCGUAAAUUGGGAAUUACCUUGUUCACAGUCUCGCACAGACCUUCUCUUGUACGUCACCAUGAGUAUUUAUUGCGAUUUGAUGGUGAAGGCCACUAUGAAUUUAAGGAAAUGGAUCCUGCAGAUUCAACAACACCUUUUGGGUUUGGUCACGGAAAAUCAUUGGCUCAGGUUAAGCUCGAUAGUUCUUCUUAGAUUAUUUCUUUGUUUUCAUUUUAUGGCAUAAUAUAUAUACACAGCUGUAUAUUUAGAG